AUGCGCUCCUUCUCAACUCCAAUCUGCCUGUGUAUUCUCCUUGUUGUCGCAAUGGGGUGCACCAUUUCGGUCGGGAAUGCGGUCGAGGAGGGGAAUGCCAACGUGCCUUAUGAAGGUGAGAUGUUGAUAGACGGUCUCUUGACAGCUGAGUCGCAGCGUCGUUGGAGGGAGCCCAAAAAUCAGCCCGAAAUGCGCUUUCCUCGACCAAUCUACUCCCCUCAUGUUCCUCCUACACCACCCACUCCACCUCCCACUCAAUCCUCCCCGAGCAACCUCAAGCCUAGGCGAUGA